GCGUGGGCCUGACCCCGUCCUUCCGCUUCCGCCGGAGCGGCGCGGGCGGCGAGGGACGCGAUCCCGGCUCCUCUGGCGGCGCCGAGGGCGGCGUGGCCCCGCCUGGCCCAUGGAUCGGCACAAAGUGAAGCGACAGCGUCUGGACCGGAUCUGCGAAGGCAUACGGCCUCCUAUUGUGAAUGGCCCAAUGCCAGCACGGCCACUGGUUGCACUCCUGGAUGGACGAGAUUGCACUGUGGAGAUGCCCAUCUUGAAGGAUGUUGCUACAGUGGCAUUUUGUGAUGCUCAGUCAACUCAGGAAAUCCAUGAAAAGGUGCUGAAUGAGGCAGUAGGAGCUCUGAUGUAUCACACCAUUACCCUUUCUCGUCAGGAUCUGGAGAAAUUCAAAGCCCUCAGGGUCAUUGUGCGUAUUGGCAGUGGCUAUGACAAUGUUGACAUCAAAUCUGCUGCAGAAUUAGGCAUUGCAGUUUGCAACAUCCCUUCCUCCUCAGUAGAGGAGACUGCUGACUCUACCCUCUGCCACAUCUUGAACCUCUAUCGCCGUGUUACUUGGCUACAUCAGGCUCUGCGGGAAGGCAAUCGAGCCUCAAGUGUAGAACAGAUUCGAGAGGUGGCUGGAGGUGCUGUGCGUAUCCGUGGGGAGACUUUGGGCAUCAUUGGACUAGGCCGAGUUGGACAGGCAGUGGCUCUGCGAGCCAAGUCCUUUGGCUUCAACGUGAUUUUCUAUGAUCCCUAUCUGCCGGAUGGAGUGGAGCGAUCCUUGGGUUUACAACGAGUAGGAACCCUGCAGGAUCUACUAAUGCACAGCGAUUGCAUCACAUUGCACUGCAGCCUGAAUGAACAUAACCAUCACCUCAUCAAUGACUUCACUAUUAAACAGAUGCGUCAGGGCUGCUUCUUAGUGAACACCGCCCGGGGAGGGCUGGUAGAUGAGAAAGCCUUAGCACAAGCCUUGAAAGAGGGGAGAAUCAGAGGAACAGCAUUGGAUGUGCAUGAGUCUGAGCCUUUCAGUUUUGCUCAGGGGCCGUUAAAAGAUGCACCCAAUGUUAUCUGCACGCCUCACACUGCCUGGUACAGUGAACAGGCUUCCAUUGAAUCUAGAGAAGAUGCAGCUAAAGAGAUCCGCAGAGCUAUUACAGGUCACAUACCUGAUGCUUUGAGAAACUGUGUUAAUAAGGAGUACUUGCUGUUAGCAGCUCAGUGGUCCAAUAUUGAUCCUGCAACUGUCCACCCAGAACUCAAUGGAGCUGCAGCUUACAGGUUUCCUCCAGGAGUAGUGGGAGUAACCAACCCUGGGCUACCAGAACCACCAGUAGUGGAAGGGAUUGUAGCUCAUGGGAUUCCUCCUGUUUCUCACUCUGCACCACGUACCCCUUCCCCAGGAGAGACAAGCAAACUGGAUGCAGACAGAGAGAUUCCUGCUGACCAAUAGCAGCGUGUUUCUCUCCUCUCCUUUGACACCAGAAAAAAGUAGGAGGCCAUCUCCUCCUAGGACCUUCUUUAACACCCUACAGACACUGUUUCCUGGUCACAUGGGACAGGAAAAUGCAUUUCAUUGCCACAGACUUUAGCUCUUGCCUUUAUUUUGUAACCUUUUAGUUGUAAUUUCGU